UCGUGGUCAUCAUCAGCCCCGCACUGUGACACGCGGAGGUGUGUAGAGUCCAGCUGGCUGGGUACAUAUAAAUUGGUAUUAUUUGAGGCAGUUUAUGCUGACCUGCCCAGUGUGAACCCAUUUGAGUGUCAGAGUGUGACCUGGUGAAGGCACGGUGCGGGCCAGCGAGUCACCAGGUGAGCAGGACAGAGGAUGCCCCUCAGUGACCUCGAAACAAAGGCUUUAGAUGAACACUUCCUGAUCUGCAGCUACGUACACGGCUACACAGUGAGCCAGGGCGACGCUGCUCUCUUCAGGCAAUUCAAUUGUGCCCCUCCAAGCCACCUCUGUCACCUCCUCCGCUGGUACACCCACAUACACAGCUUUGGCCGGGAGAGUGCCAGCUUCCCUGCUGCCAAGAAGGAGAGUCUCACCCUUCUCAUAAAUGAUAAGGAGGUAACCAUCAUGGUGAACAACAGUAUGGAGGCUGAGGGGCAGGGUGAGGCAGGACAGCCUCCAGCACCAGAAGAGGACAUAGUCACCCCACACACCGUCCAAGCGUCAAGCAACAAGGGCAUUGACUAUGACAAGUUGGUUGACAGGUUUGGUUCAUCACGCAUUGAUGAAGCGUUACUGGAGAGGUUUGAGAGACUCACUGGCCACAAGCCUCAUCGCUUCCUUCGCCGCAACAUAUUCUUCUCCCACCGAGACAUGCACAGAAUAUUGGAUGCAGUGGAAAGUGGCAAAAAGUUCUUCCUGUACACUGGCAGGGGACCCUCAUCCAAUGCCAUGCACAUUGGACACCUCAUUGCCUUCAUCAUGACAAAGUGGCUGCAGGACGUGUUUGACGUUCCACUAGUGAUCCAGCUGACUGAUGAUGAGAAGUACCUGUGGCAGAAAGAUGCCACCAAGAAGGAUAACUCCCUAGAACACUACCACAGCCUGGCUCGGGAAAAUGCCAAGGACAUCAUUGCACUGGACUUUGAUGUAAACAAGACUUUUAUCUUUUCUGAUGUUGAUUUUGUUGGUGGAGCUUUCUAUGAAAAUGUGCUGAAAGUACAGAAGCAUGUCACCUUUAAUCAAGUGAAAGGGAUCUUUGGGUUUGAUGAAUCCAGCAGUAUUGGCAUGAUAAUGUUCCCAGCCAUCCAGGCUGCCCCAAGCUUCUCCUCCAGCUUCCCCUUCAUCUUUGGGAAUAAGAAAGAUGUUCCCUGUCUUAUCCCUUGUGGCAUUGACCAGGAUCCAUAUUUCCGCAUGACCCGGGAUGUUGCUCCAAAGAUUGGGUUCCAGAAGCCAGCACUUCUACAUUCAACCUUCUUCCCAGCCUUGCAUGGAGCCAGCAGCAAGAUGAGUGCCUCUGACUCAACCUCAUCUAUUUAUCUGACAGACACAGCCAAUCAAAUUAAGAAAAAGAUCAACAAGUACGCAUUCUCUGGAGGAAGAGACACCGUGGAGGAGCACAGGGAGCUGGGCGGGGACUGUGAGGUGGAUGUUUCCUUCAUGUACCUCACAUUUUUCCUGGAUGAUGAUGAAAAAUUGGAGGAGAUCCGACAGCAGUACUCCUCAGGAAAGAUGCUCACUGGAGAACUCAAAGCAGAAUUAAUCAAGGUUCUGCAGAAAAUGAUGGCAGAGUUCCAGGAGAGAAGGAAGCUUGUCACAGAUGAGACAGUCAAACAGUUCAUGACACCUCGCAGCCUGAAAUUUUAAAUGCAGUUGAAUGAUGGAAAUGCAUUUCUCUCCAACACAGUCUUGAGAUCACCAUUGUUGGGGCAACCCAACUGUACAUCAUUUUUAAAAUAAGUAAAAUUGAAAAAAAAAUGAUAACAGUUUUACACAUUAAAUUCUUUCAUGAAUCAUUAAAA